UCGACCGCUCAUAUUUUUUGUACCGCUAUUUCUUACCAUUAUCUUUUCACGCUAGAUAACUCUUACCGCUUUUUGUAACGAUUAUGAAACGAAUAUGGCCUAAGUCACAAAUUUGGACCCACGAUUCUUAAGGUGACUCUGUUUUGUUCAAACCAUUUGAAACGCUUUUAAGAAAUGGUGAGUCGCCCAAUGUCUAAAUAACGCGAUUUGCAAACGCGUUUCCUUGGUAAUCGCUGUGUAUUAGACUCGAUAGCUGCAGUGAACAGUGAACACUUCAUCGGAGCAUGAGCACCACCAUGGAGGAAGAAGAGUCAAUGAGCAGAAAAGCCAUCGCUCUUUUCAUGGCUUUCGGUACCAAAGGAGAUGUCUACCCUCUCGCUGCCAUUGCCGCAGCUUUCGCUCGUAAUCAGCAACAUUACUCUGUGGUUUUGAUGUCACAUUCGGCUCAUGAGAACCUAAGCUCUCACCUGAUCAAAGCGAAAGUUUCAUUUUUUCCUAUCACUUCCCCUCCUGCUCUGUCUACUGAAGCUCAGGGUACUCAAAACGACAAAGACUCGCUGAGGACAAUAUUCUUGGAGGAGAAAGAAAGGAUAAAAAGGGAACACAGACAAGAGUGUCUUUCUGCAUUCGGAAGCAUUUUCGGAAAGGGUCCUUGCAUGGAGGGUGACUUCGUUGUCAUAAAUUUCUUUGCUUUGGAAGGAUGGAGCCUAGCAGAACUUUUCCAGAUCCGUUGUGUGGUGGCUGCUCCUUACGUUGUUCCGUAUAGUCCACCAUCAGGCUUUGAAAGACAGUUUAGAAAGGAACUCCCGGAUUUGUACAAGUACUUGAAAGAAGCCCCUACUGGCAAGGUUAGCUGGAGUGAUGUAACUCAUUGGAUGUGGCCUCUUUUUACCGAAGAAUGGGGAUCAUGGCGAUACGAUAAACUCAACCUAAGUUGUUAUCCUUUUGCAGAUCCAGUAACAGACCUUCCAAUAUGGCAUAGCCGGCCGCAAUCGCCCUUGGUCUUGUAUGGUUUCAGCAAAGAAAUCGUCGAAUGUCCUGAUUACUGGCCGUUGAGCAUUCGAGUUUGUGGUUUUUGGUUUCUGCCCAACGAAUGGCAGUUUUCAUGCAACAAGUGUGGAGACAAUCCUUCUGCAGGGCGCCUGGGUAUAGACGAUUCCCAAACAUGCUCAAACCACACUGAGUUGUAUACUUUUAUAUCGUCUUUUGAGCCAGCUCUACCUAUCUUUGUAGGGUUGAGUUCUAUUGGAAGCAUGGGUUUUGUGAGGGAUCCCUUAGCCUUUCUUCGAGUUCUUCAAUCUGUUAUCGAGAUUACAGGUUAUAGAUUUAUUAUUUUCACAGCGGGAUAUGGACCUUUGGACGCAGCAAUUUGGACUAUUGCUAACAGAUCAGAUUCAAGUGAGAAACAAUCAUUACAUGCGGGAAUCUCUAUUUUCGAUGGCAAGCUUUUCUGCUUCUCUGGUAUGGUGCCAUACAAUUGGCUGUUUCAAAGAUGUGCUGCUGCAAUUCAUCAUGGUGGCAGUGGUUCUGUUGCCGCGGCAUUACAGGCUGGUCUCCCGCAGAUCAUAUGCCCGUUUAUGCUGGAUCAGUUCUAUUGGGCAGAAAAAAUGUCUUGGCUUGGGGUUGCUCCUCAACCAUUAAAAAGAAACCAGCUGUUUCAGGAGGAAACAGAUGAUGAGAACAUCACGGAAGCUGCACAAGUGGUAGCAAAUGCCAUAUACAAUGCACUGUCUGAAAAAACUAGGACUCGUGCCAUGGAAAUCGCGGAAGUGUUAUCUCUUGAGGAUGGAGUCACAGAAGCUGUGAGAGUGCUUAGAGAAGAGGUGUGUGAAGUUUCGGCCAGCAACUGAAUAUAUAUUUGGAUGAGCAUCUCUUCUACGUCAAAGUGAAUGGUUGAUCAAUGCAUACUUUCUUAUUUCUAUUACUUGUGCAUUCUUUUGAUAGUACUACACGUUAUUUCCAUUUGUAUUUAAUAACAUGUACUCAUCAAUGGUCUUUGUAUCAUACAUGGCUGCCCAAGUUUUCUUACUGCUA